GAAGAAGAUAAUGUUACACCAUCACCUGUAGUGGGAAAUGUUAGUGAAAAUUUAACAGACAACGUAACUAUACAUAUUUACAAAGAAAGUACUACAGGUGGACAUUGGUGUGCCCGAAUCAUAUUUUUUGCUGUCUUGACAAUGCUUGUUGGUUUAAUUGGUGUAGUUAUUAUUGAACAUAGAGGCACUACAGACAUUAGUACACCAUUAGAAUCUUCUCGCUGGGCUUUUAUCUUUGAUGGGUGGGUAGAAGAUUCCUUGUCUUUAUCUAAUGAAGAAUCACACGAUAAUGAAAAUGAAAACAUUGAACAAGUAGAAGAUGAAAGGAACUAUGAUGAAGACAAUGAAAAAAUGGAAACAACAGAAAAUGAAGCUUCUAAUGAAGAAGAAAUUCAAGAAGAUGAAACAUUGAAUGAAUAUGCGGAAGAAGAUAAAGAAACAAUUAAAAAUGAAUCAAAUGAAGAACAAAGCGAUAUUUUAGAAGAUGAAGAAGAAUUGAGCAACGAGAACGAAUACGAAAGUAGGAAGCAGCAGCAAAUUAUAUUGGAAGAUGAUGAUUCAACAUUUGAUGAGACUAAUGUGUUAGAAGAAAUAUAUGGUAUUAGUACAGAAAAAGACUCAGAUGAAAAAAGUGUUUUAAAUGAAGUAGAUAAUCAAUUUGAUAGAAUAUUGGAAAUGCCAAGAAACGAAGAUAUAUUUGAAGAAUAUUUAGACAUUUCUGGUGUUAAGGAAAUUAAUGAUGAUAAUAUAGAACCUUUGGAAGAGGGAAAUAUGAAAAAGAAGUGCAAGAUACAAUUGGAAAUAAAAUAGAAACAGAAAAAUAUAAGAAAGAAGAAGAUAUGGAAAUAGAAGAACGAGUUGAUGUACAAAAGAACGAUGAAAUUGAAGAAGAGCAGAAAAGGGAAGAAGAAGAAGAAGAUGAAGAAGCAGAGGCAGAAGAAGAGGAAGAAGAGGAAGAGGAAGAGGAGGAUGAAGAAGAAGAGGAAGAGCAGAAAAUGGAAGAGAAAGUAAAAAAUAGACAAAAACAAGAUGAUAAAGAAGAAAAAAAAACAGAAAUAUUAGGAACAGAAGAUAGAAAAGAAGAGAAUAGAAACAAAAGAUGGGAUAAAAUAAAUAACAAAAAUAGGAACAACAGUAACAAAAUGAAACAAAAAAAUGAAAUGGAAAUUGUACAAAAAAUGUUGAAAGAAGAAGAGCAGACAGACGAAGAAAUUGAAAAUUUUGACGAUUCUGAAUUGAUUGCGAAACUUGAAGCUAAAUAUGGAAAAUUAGAAACUUUA